UCAAACCUCACCAUUGAUAUACACUUAUUUUUAGCAUCUUCAAACCCUUUUCCUAGUGACAAAAUUAUUUACAAAUUCUGACCAAAAAAAUGAGACGUCCCGGCGGUGGACAUUACGGUGGUGUUGAUGAUGCAAAUUACAAUUCUGUCCCUCAAACAGUGCAACUACAACAACAACAGAUAAAGAAUGAACAACAUCAUCAACAAUGGAGAUGGGAAAGAGAAACCCCAAAAUUGCCAACAAAUUCAAUGUCUCCCAACAUGUUUCCUGAAGGCCAUCUUGCGCAAACCUCGACUAUUCUGCCGGGUACCUGCUACCUCCCACCAGCAGCGCCAGGUCAGGGGAGUGAAGCAUCUAGAUCCUACUACCAGGGCCAGAGGACUGAUCCAAGGUUGGCAUUAGAGAAUCAAGGUGUCAAGGAUCCCAGAGCACAGCCUCGUGAAGAAGAUAUGGAUAUUGGUUAUGAAGAUAAACCUGUGCAGCAGACUCUGGAAGUUCUUGAACAGAAAUUCCUUGAUGAUAUAAUGAAACUGACCAAGGAGCAAAAUGAUGCAGAGGAUGCAGAAAAUUCUAGGCACAGGGAGCGGAUAAAUGCAAUCAAUGCACAGUAUCAAGAACAGCUAGUUGCCCUUCGUGCUCGGCAAGCUAGUCACAGAGAUGAGGUCCUUCGAAGGGAGUCUCAUGCCAGAAAACAACAGUAUGAGCAAGUUGCUUUGGACAACUAUCGACAAAGUAGCAUGAGCUCUAGCAAUGCUCGUAUCCAUGUGGCAAUGAACUCUCCAGCAGGAGAACGACAAGUUGCCUAUAACUCUCCAGCAGGAGAACGACAAGCAGCCUAUAAUGCUGAUAGUUAUGACUCUUAUAGGGAGAAUGCUCGAUUUCUUGGCAACAGUGGAAGGGAUCACGGGUAUGAACCUAGAGUCCAAUACCCAGGGGGUCGCGUUUAUGACACUGGUUCACGCUACUAUUGAGUGAUUACUUAGGGUAGUAUUUAAUCUUUCAUUUAGUUGUUUGGACUAGGUGUUGCGGUGGAAUAUCAUACUCUUGUCUCUAGCUUUCCUCAGAUAUAUCAAAGAUCAUAUAUUCUUGUAAUCUGCGCUGUAAUAGGAAGAUUUACUCUGGUCUUUGAUACAUUUUACUCUUCUUGAAUGAUUCAUGGUCUUGGCAUGAGUUGGUGAUGAA